UGCGAGUGGAGCUUACCCAAGCAGUCACUACAGGAGUAGCUGUCCUAGUGAGGAAUCUGUUCAAUACUAAAGGAGAGAGGAUCAUCAGUGUCUCUGCACUGUCUCCACCAGCCUGUCUGCUGCUGCCUGGUUGUCGACUAGAGGAGAAGAAACAAGUCAUUCAUUACAGCUUCACUGGCGUCCGUAGCCUCCGUCAACAGCCACCCAGAGCUACAAUGCAGGAAGAGUCUAAACAAAGAAGAAUGACCAUGGAUUUUUCCCAACUGCACACAUACACGCCUCCACAGUGUGCUCCAGAGAACACCGGCUAUACCUACUCUUUAAGCUCCAGUUACUCAACAGCAGCGUUAGACUUUGAAAAGGAGCACCAGAUUGCUCCUGUGUACGAGUCGCCCAGGAUGUCACGGCGGAGCCUGCGUCUGCAGACCAGUGCUGGUCACUAUGGCAACGAGAGCCUGGCUGAUUACACCCAGAACCACAGCAACAGCAGCUACACCAGCACCAGGAAAGAAACACGGACGCAACGGAGCAGAAAGCAGCAGUCCAGUUCCGGCUCCCUGUCUUUAGCCUUGAGCCAAGCCGCCACACCGAGGAAAACCCUCUCCUUCUCUGCUGCUAGUACCCCGAUUAAUAACAGCAGCAGCAUUCAGCAAAGCCACACUGUGUCUGAUGCCUCACUGCUCACCCCCAUCCUGGACCAGUCCAGCCUGAGACAACGCACCAUCAUUACAACAACCACCACCACCACUACUUCUGUGGAUGGACACCGGGGAAGCAUCGCUGACCACAGUUCAUCAAGUGUUAAUGGUGACGUCAGUGCCAGCGCAUCAAAGUCCCACACCACGCUCGCCAAUGGCUACAUCUGUAAAGACUGCUCUUUACACUCUCAUAGGACAGAGUCCCUUACCACACGCUCUUCAUCAUCAUCAUGUUCUCAGGCAGCAGAAGCUUCCACCGAUGCUUUCUCCCUCUCAUCGUCACCUUUCACCAGCAUAUACUACAGGGACAGGAGUCGGAGGAAUAAAACAGGUGUCCUGACGUCAGUGUCUAAUACGUGUAUACGCUACAGCAAACGAGCCCUGGCCCCCAUAGUGUCCCUAGUCACCCUGCUCUUCAGCAAUGUGCUUUGGCUGGGUUCAAGGGCCAAGAGCCCACCAGGAAAAGGUGUCCUUGCGUCGUUUUCGGACUCGAUGAGACAAGCAGUGUCCUCCAGUUUGUCCCAACUGUGGCUGUUUAAGCAGACCACUCUCCACAGAAUGAUGGGCUGCAGGGCCAAUGGCUAUGAAGGACAAGCUCACUCAAGUUUCUGUGGAAGCAUGAAUGUGAAGGAUCUGGUGACUGAAGACGCAUCACAUCUUAAUCUCAAUGGUUCCCUGUGUGAUGACUGUAAAGGGAAGCACUACUCUGAGACACACACCGUCCUCAUCUCACAGUCCUCCAGGCCUCGGGGCCUGGUGGGGGCGCUGUGGAGCCUCCUAGCUUACACAGGUUAUUGCCUCCUCCAGCCAGGAUACUGUGUGGUGAGAGCAGGCAAAGCAGUGGGAUCAGGGGUCGGGGCAGCAACACAGAGGCUGCUCUCGCUGCUCUGGAUGAUCCUGGCAGCCCCAGUGAACGCAGGCAGCGGUCUUCUGUGGUUUCUUGCAAAAGGAUGGUACCAGCUGGUGUCUCUUAUGUCUCUCCUCAAUGUCUUCUUUCUGACACGAUGCCUUCCCAAACUCUGGAAGCUCCUGCUGCUUCUUUUGCCCCUUUUGCUCAUCUUAGCUUUAUGGUUGUGGGGUCCGUCCACUGCUGCCCUGUUUGCCUACCUCCCAGCUAUAAACCUAACGGAGUGGCGUCCUACGUCUCCCUUCACCCUCUUGUAUAACUUGGUACCAGCCUCUGCUCCUGGUCCUGCCUCUGUCCCCGUCCCUGCAACAGACACUCCAGUGGAGCAUACACCAGCCACCCCGGUCUCACAGGCACCGCCGAUCAUCCCCCCUGUGGUGGUCUCAAGUGUGGACUUGGAGCGUCUUGAACGUGUGGAGCGCCAACUAGCCCUGCUGUGGGAGCGAGUACAGCAGGGUGACCAGAAGCAGGAGCAGCAUCAGACAGAUGUGUUGGGUCUCUACAGCAAGCUGAGGGAGCAGCUCCACACUCAGACCGAUAGGGAGAGCCUGGGACUGUGGGUGUCCUCACUGCUAGAGCAGAGGUUGAGUGUGCUGCGAGGAGAGCUGGAGCAGGACAAGAAAGAGGGAGCACAGAACGCAGACCAGCAGAAACUACACCAAACGAGUCAGACAGCACGGCUGGCCGAUUUGGAAUUGCUGCUCAACACUCUGGCUGCCAAGACUGAGGACGUGCAACAGAAGCAGCAGCAGUAUGAGCACGAGAAAGAGAAAUGGGAGAAAGAAGUUGUCACUUCAGCAGCAGACACAGCUCCCGUCAGUGUGGGCGUGAAGCAGGAGGAUCAUGAUGCUCUGCUGGCAGAGGUGCAGAGACUUGACUUGGAGCUGGGCAAAAUCAGACAGGACCUGCAGGGUGUUGCAGGAUGCAAGGGCAAGUGUGAGCAGCUGGACUCACUGCAGGAGACGAUAUCAGCUCAGGUGUCCUCCCAGAUACGUAAGGAGUUGCAGGCUUUGUUCUUCGGCAGCAGCGGGUCGGCAGAGGAGCAGGGAGAGGUGCCUGAGUCUCUCAUCUACUGGUUGUCCCAGCGCUACGUGAGCACGCCCGACCUGCAGGCCUUACUCGCCUCACUGGAGCUGAGCAUCCUGAGAAACGUUUCCCAGCAGCUAGAGGUCAACAGAGCCCAAACUCUGAGUGAAGCAGAGUCCCAAGCCAAGACAGUCAUUCAGACAGUAACUGGGACUCUCCAGCACACUGCCUCUACUGAGGGACUGACAGAAGAGCAAGUGAAGCUGAUUGUCCAGAAUGCUUUGAAGCUCUACUCCCAGGAUCGAACAGGUCUAGUGGAUUACGCCCUGGAGUCUGGAGGUGGCAGCAUCCUCAGCACCCGCUGCUCUGAGACAUAUGAAACCAAGACAGCCCUCAUGAGUCUGUUUGGCCUGCCACUCUGGUACUUCUCCCAGUCUCCACGUGUUGUCAUCCAGCCUGAUGUGUACCCGGGUAACUGCUGGGCAUUCAAAGGCUCCCAGGGCUAUUUGGUGAUCCGGCUUUCAUUGAGGAUCCGGCCCACAUCUUUCUGCGUGGAGCACAUCCCCAAAGCCUUGUCACCAACCGGAAACAUCACUAGUGCCCCACGUAACUUCACUGUCUAUGGUCUAGAUGAUGAGUACCAAGAGGAAGGGAAGCUGCUGGGACAAUACGAAUACAAUGAAGACGGGGAGUCACUGCAAACCUUCCCUGUUAUGGAGCAGAAUGAUAAGGCCUUCCAGAUAAUUGAGGUGCGGGUGCUAUCUAACUGGGGUCAUCCAGAGUACACCUGCCUGUACCGCUUCAGAGUCCACGGAGAACCUCGGCCUCAGUGAACCUACCACUACUAUACACACUCAUAUCAGACAUAUCACCCUAUCUGUACAUAGCUCUCGCCUAAUUGUUAAUAAUGGAGGGGACUCGGCAGAAGUUGUGGACGUUUUUGUAUGAAAGACAUGAAGACACAGAAGUUGUGGAUUGUUAAAGGAAUGUGGCCAGACUGAAUCAUGGACAUGUGUUUUGUAUUAUUGAAAGAAUCACAAGAAAGUUUGUACGGGGGAAUGUUGAGGAUCGCAGAAGAGGAAUUGAACCACGGAAGAAGCUAAAAGUCCAGGUCCCUUUUUCGAAAGACACCUCUUGCACUGAAUCAGCCCAUGGGGGGGCGCCAGACUCCACUGAACGGACAAAUCCACCCCACUCUCAGCACCUUCCACUCCUACAGGAAGGUGGACGCUUGAAAGGGGGGAUUAGACUCAUCUCCACCAUUUCUUCAUAUAGUCUGAUUUGGUUUUGUGUUCUUGAUCAUCUGUUACUUUGAUUUCCUGUUAGAACUACUAUUUUCAGGAUCAGAGCCACUGCACCUUUGCCUGUGAAGCUGUCCCGGCAUUUCACUCCCUUUUGUUGCUGUCAGGUCUCUGAAAUGACUUAAACUGAAUGAUUUGGCAGCCUGCAGGACCCACAGCUGGUGCAUACUGGACAUGCAAGGCUUUCUACUGCUGUUCACUACAUUCAAGGCUUGCCAUCAUACAUCCAUAUAGCCAUAAAUAAUACUUUUUUUUGUUUUGAAACUAAACAUGCUGCCUAUGGACAGGCUUUGAAUGUUUUUUCAAGCGGAGGCGCGAUGCAAGUCAUCCUUUAACUACACAGCAACACUAUAUAACCACUGACCUGAGCUCUAUGUGACUGGAGUAAUAGGAGGUUCUUCACUAUGUAAAUUAAGCAACAUAGACAAAAUACGUGUAUGGUUAUGGAUAGACGCCAGGAUUAACUCUAGCAUGUGACUCUUCCUGAACCGUACUUUUAAGUAUAACAUGCAUCAUGGAUUUACGUGAGGGUGUGUCCUCUCUGCCUGGAUCUCAAAUUACCAAUCAAUGUUGAAAGGUAACUUAUAUAAUUACUCCUGUAGACAAGAGUGGGAUUUUUCUUUUCUGCUUCAAGAGUGGACUCCAAGCCAAUGGGAUGGUCUUUCUCCCUCUAGCUCAGUUACAAACGUCCUCCUCACAUGGGCUCCCUCUAUUCUGAUACCCUGAAGGAAUGUAAUCUGUAUAUUUCAUUGUUGAUAGUUGGUCCUUUAUAAUAUCUGCUUUAUCAGUGUUGCUUUAUAAAAAUCAUCCCGUCAUUAUUAUUAUUAUAAUUAUUAUUAUUAUUAUUAUUAUUAAUGUGUUACUACUAUUAUUUCUGCGGUUACCCAUUGUGUUUUGCUUUUUUCAGGUUUUCUCUUUUGGCGAGGGGGGGGGGGUGUUGAUAAUGUCAGAGGAUGCACUGCAACAACUUGUCAGAUAUGUUUGUGGCACAGGUCUUCACAAUUUGUUUAAAAAAUGGGGGUGUGUGUAGUCAUCAAUUUUGGUUGCAAAUAUGGGGAUGUCUAAAAUGUUAUGUAUGAAAUUGUUUUGUUCACAAUCUUAUUUAUUAACAAGUCAAUUAGUUGCAGCGAGAUGUGAGUAACUGCGAUGUAUAUUUUGUCAAAAGCUGUUCAGUGCAUUUUGAAAUCAUCUUGGGACUUUUUUUUUUAAGAUAAAUGGCUAUUUUUGUUCAGUCAUGAGAUGACUUAACUGCUUUGGAAUAUAUUCCAAUAAAGAUUUUAAUUUU